CUCUGCCACGAUCAUGCAAAUUCGUCUAUCUCUAUCGCCAUCUUCUGCAUCUUCUGAAAAUUAUCGCGACCGCUGCAGGUAAUUGAGAUUUUCGUAUAUUCGUUUUUCUUGAGCGGGAAUUGGCAGAACAUUUCCCGUGGUCCUUGUUUCUUGCCAUAUUAUACUACAACUCGCUUCUAGGUUGUACAGAAAUUCUAUUCCCCGAGUCAUCAAGCAGAAAGCGAAUCAUCUCGUAAAAUAAACUCGAGGCUGUUCUUGCUUACUUCAUCUUGGUAUUUUUCAACGUUGUGAACCACGACCCUUCGACCCUUAGUUGCAUUUAUCGACGACAACCUAAGACAAAAAGUGGCCUCACGAUCUUCGGUUCUUGCAACGGGAGGUUCGAUGUCCAGCUGCACCAAGAAUUGUUCCAACUAGGAGAAUAAAAUGAAGGUGGUCCACGAAAUUCAGGAUGACACCGAGCUCGGAGAGAUCCGGCAAAUCAUCGCCUCCGUGCCGACGCUCAGCGACUACAUCGACGUCAAGUGCGACGAGAAAUCCGGCCGCUUCCUGGUGGCGAGCAAGGAUUUGGAGCGGGGCGAGUGGUUUUUGCAGGAGUCCGCCCUCGUGAGCUGGCCCCAUGCGAAAAGCUUGUGGACCACUAACUGUACCACUGGUCCUGCGACAUCACAGCAGCAGAACAUGAAUAUUUUUACAGGAACCACGACCCCCGCGAUUCUGUCGUUCUACGAACAGAUUUUUGAUCACCUGCCGUGGAAGACCUGUAUGUCCUGUGCAAAAGUAUCGGAGUCGUUGUACUUCUACUUGGAAUCAUGCGUGACAUCAAAACUCUUUUGCUUUUCCUACCUUGUUUAGCAUGACAAAGACAAACUCCACCGCUUUUGUUUCAUCUUCUUGGUUCUAAAUUGGUGAUGCGAGAUGAAGUUGUACUUGUUACUAGUGCGACUGCGAUACUUGUUUUGCAAUGCAUAACGUGGGCAAAGUGGCAGCUGGACCGGUCUCCGGACACGCAGGUUGGAAUCCUGGCGCUGGCUUCCUGCUUGUGCCAAAUCGCGGAACAGUUGCCCGACGAGCAGGAUCGUGCUCAGAACAAGUUGUCCAACGACGAUGCCGACUCUGGAAUACAUAGUGUGAAUAAGUCAUCAACACACCAGCAGCUGUCCGAAAAGCAUUUAGCCGACGCUCUGCGCCCGUUCGAGCGGCUGUGCUCGAUCCCGGAAAGCUCCGUCUUUCAGUUCCACCAGACGAGCAGUCAGGAAAUUUUCGAGGAGUUGGCCAAGGUGUCCCACAUGGCGCCCUUCAACAAGUUCCCGACUCAGAUCUGGGACUCGAAAAUCAAAGGCCCGGAUCUGCUGCAAAAUCUCGCGGAGCGGCUCAGCCAGAAUGGGAUUGGGCUGGGGCAGGCGCGAGGAGAACAGCAACGUGGACUGAAGGGUGGUGAUGCAGCAACGUCAGCACCAACCCCAUCUGCAAACACGGCCGGCGCGGCGGGUGAAACCAACGAUGUUGAACAACAAAAACACGAUGAUGUGCUGUCGAAAAUUACUAGCACGACCUCGACCACAACCCUUACGACCACUGCGCACAGCCAGACCAAUCGCAAGGGGGUGUUUGUGUUGCUCUCCCUGUUGAAUCAUGAUUGCGACGCGAACGUUGAAGUCGAGUUGGACGAGGAGGACGUCGCGCAGACGACGGUAAACCUGAAAACGAACCGCGUCGUGAAGAAGGGCGAGAAGCUCACCAUCAACUACUGCCCGGUAUCAAAUGCAAAAAUGUCUGGGUCUGGAAACUUGUGAUGCUCAAACGUGGAUGAUGAAAACAAUUCGGAAUGCGACGCAGCAUGACAAAUUUUCAGAUCACUUUCUCAUAGGCAAUUCGCAUGAGAAACUGCGUCUUUGCAUGUACGAAAGAGGCUGCGACUUUUGUUGGCCAUGCAAUACAGAUUUCCUAGGUAUGGAGAGCUAGCAUUACAAGCUCCAACCUUUCAGACCCAGACACUUUUGCAAUCCAUACCCGGAAAUGACGGACGACAGUGAGAAGUACACGGUGUGUGACCGCCGGAAGAAGCUGAAGCACUGGCACUUUGAGUGCCACUGCAGUCGGUGCGAGGGAGAGGUUUUGCUGAAAAAAGAAAUGAGCGUUGUGCCGGCAGUAGAAGAUGAACUAGUAAAAAAUCAAGGCAGGAGCGCCGCGGACAAUGAUAACAAAAGCGUAGGCCGCUGUAGUGCUGUCGCAGGGAGUGGCGGCUCGCCUGAGGUAGAAGAAGCGGUGGACCAGCAUGUUGACUCUCGUCCUGCUGAGGCGGCCGCGGCUGGGGGUGGCGAUAUGGGAAAGGAACCACAUGAGGAGGAUGAUGUUGAUGUCGGGGGUGAAACUAAAAGCGGCUCUUGCUCGACGAAAAAACGGAAGGUGGAUCAGUAGAACUGCAGAACACGAAGAAUCACUGUUAGCGCGGCCUACUUGACUGCUCUUGAUCGAUGGUCCUACUGUUACAGCUUUAUUUGUUCGCACGACGAAUAAACUUCAAGGUGGACUUUCUCGUCCUGCUUGCAACCAACCAAGAUCUUCUACAAUUUCGCCUUCGAGAGGCACCAGCUGCACGUAUUUCUUCAGUUUAAAAAUCUUCUACCGACGCGCAAAUAACAAUGCAGAAAUGGAGGGAAGAUUCCCAGCGAUAAUUGCAAGAAU